GCUUCGGCUUAAGCCCUCCUCUCUUGAGAAACUCCGUACUCCGGAAACUUGGAGUAUCUCAAUAUGUAUCUGGAUAUGUUAGAUUCUACGACGACAAUAUGAAUGUUCCUCGAGCGUCAUUACGCCAAUGGCAAAGACUCUCAUGUCUACGCCCCUCGGCGCCCCGGGUUCACUUACCGGUGUGCCGUCGGAGCUAUAGUGAAUCCAAGGGCAGUCUCGCUUUCGAUACCAUAAGGUCUGAGAUGUUGGGACGUAAUAAGCAGUAUAGUUGGGAUGUUAUGUCACCGACCAACUCAUCGCUUCUCAAUAUUUCCCUAGCAGACUUUAUACCAGAAAGCUGCCAAGCCCCUACAUAUCGGGCGGGUGCUAAGAGUAUUGAGAAAGUCGACGCCACAGUCAAGUUACCGCAGGGCCACCAUCUGGUAUACUUCCCGCUGCAGAAACCGGUCUCGGAGUUAUGUCCCGAUAUGACAGAUCCUCUCCACAGCCCCGGCGGCCCAUUUGAGCGGCGCAUGUGGGCUGGUGGUUCCAUUGAGUUUAACGAUGACUUCCAGCUAGACUCAACGCCAGUCGUAUGCGAAGAAGCUAUCAACGAUGUCACUAUCAAAGGCAUUGAAGGCCAAGAGAAGAUAUUCGUAGACGUGUUACGCGACUAUAUGAAGAAGCAAGACUUCGAGAGUUCCAAGUCCAAGAGGAUAAGGGAACACCGAACCUUGGUCUUCAUGCGUGGCGUGAAUCCGGAGCAAGCUCGUGCCAGCCUACUCAAGGCGUCGGAAAAAAGGGGCAGGAUUGUCAAGGUUCCCAAUGCGCCCGACUUCUCUAUCACCCUCACGCCAACGCCAACGCUUCUCUUCAACUACAGCGCAUUAACCUUCAACGCGCACCUAAUCCAUCUAGACCCAGAAUUCUGCCGCGAAGAAGAAGGUCAUCCUAACCUACUAGUUCACGGUCCCCUGUCACUCACUCUAAUGCUUUCCGUGCUUCGCUCACGUCUCGGAGCGGACGAGAAAGUGCACAGGAUUGACUAUCGCAACUUAGCUCCCCUUUACGUCAAUAAUCCCAUGCGUGUCUGUGUUCGGCUCAUUGGCGACGGGGAUAGGUCAACAGGAGAAAAGACCCGAAAAUGGGAGGUUUGGGCGGAGGGAUAUGACGGAGGCCUUAGUGUAAGGGGAACCGCCGUGACUGGGCCCAGCGCAUAGAAUAGGCGACGAGAUCCUUUGCAGAUCACAUAUGGUAAACCAAUGAUAUCAAGCAGAUAGCCCGAUAUUGAGAGCUCUUCCUUCAGAAGGCAAAGUAUCACGUAUAAGAAGCCGAGGAUGAGGAUUCAAAACAUUCGACCUACGGUAACCCUCCGCCGUAACACGGCACACUCUGCGAAAACCCUCCGGCGCAUUAAUCGCGCAGCUUUGGGUAUGACGGUUAGGACCACGAUACUGUCUCAUAUUUGUACAUACUGUAAAAAAUAACUAUGAGGUACAUAGAUCACAUUCAUUGCCAAUUAGAAGUUGUUUUAAAAAAU